AUGGCGUCGUCGGUGCGGGCCGGGCCGCGGCUGCGGCGGGCGGUGCGGGCCGGAGAGUUAGCAGCGCUACCCGCCGGGCUGAGGGAUGAGUUGGAGGCGGCGCUGGCGGACGAAGGAGGGCUGGUGCCUUUCGGCCUGCUGCGGAGGCUGCACGCCGCGCUGCGGGAGGCAGGGUCUCCGCUGCACCUACACGAGCUGCUGGAAGGAUGCGAGAUCCACCUGCCCGAGGUGCCGGUGCCGCCGCGGAACCCCGAGCUGGUGGCCCGGCUGGAGCGGAUCAAGGCCAAGCUGGCACACGAGGAGUACCAGCGGAUGACCCGCAACAUCACCGGCCAGGAGAUGAACGGGCCAUUGGCUGAAUUUGGGAGGCAAGUUCGCUCCGUGAAAGCCGUUGUCAUCACCAUCUUCAACUUCAUUGUCACCGUGGUGGCUGCCUUUGCCUGCACCUACCUGGGCAGCCAGUACGUCUUCGCAGAGACAGCAGCGGUGAGCGAGCCCAGCCCCUGGCAGCCCCUCUCUGCUGGCCAGGCUGGACACCCAGGGUCACCUCUCUCUCUUUUGUGUCCCCAGCGUGUCCUGUCAGCUGUCAUUGUGGCCUCUGUGGUGGGUUUGGCUGAGCUGUACGUGAUGGUGCGGACCAUCGAGGGGGACCUUGGGAAACUAUGACCAUGAACUGCAGGUUUCAUGUUGGAGGCUUUUGUCCUCCCCAGGAACUGCUAAUCUGGGGAGAGAUCUUGUCCUAUCUGUACCUGUUCCUGCUGUGGGAAGACUGCUGCACUUUCAGGCUUGUCCUUUGCUUCCCGCUCCUGAAAUGAAUCAUGGGUUGGAAAUCCCAGAGCUGCACAACAGGAGAAGGAAUGGCUGUGGACUCCGACCACCCCAGCAGGGAGAGGGACAUCAGCUCCUUCCAUCCCUGUUCUCCUGGGAAGUUCUGUCCUUUUAUUCUGGAAAUAAAUUACACUGUGUG